GAACAACAAUGGGAAAUACGCAAAGAACGAAUAUUCUGUUAAACAUAAUGAUAUGUUUGAUAACCGAGUUUACAACAUCAAACUUACACAAGUCGUAGGUCGAUUGAACGGAUUCCCCGACGUUAAACUAAGACAUCAUGAUUCUUUUGGGUGAAUGUUUCCUUAUUUCUUGUUUGUUAGCCUGCAGAAUAAUCAACCCAUCGGAUAUAAAGAAACUGUUAAAUAUAUGGGGAACGGAUGGAAAGUGGAAGAAAAAAAAAAAAGAACGACAAACAUGGUUUCGUUUAAGCUGAAUUGUAACUUUGAUAGGAAUCCAAAAUAACCGAAACAUACGCAGUGAUCUUUCAAAAAUAACGACGCACGCAGCUGUUAAACAAAAGCAAUAAAGAGAGAAAAAGAGAAUGUAUGGGAAGAAUUUCAAAAAGAUAACUGAUUAUUUAAAGUAAUUUAAAGCUUUCUUGGGAUUUUUAAUGAAAGAUUUUCUAAUUGAUUAUUCUAGUAUCACAAUGUAAAAAUUCUAGAUUUAUGGAGAGUUGAGUUUAAAUGGGAUUUUGUAAAAAGUAUAGAAUAACUUGAAAUAAACACUAGCUAUUUCUUACUGCAUUUAUUUUAUUGAACUAGGCAAAAUCAACCUUGAUAAAACAAUCAGUUACGGACUCGCAGACUUUCAAUCUUGAAUAAGUGGAAAAUAUGAACAAACAUAGAUAUGCUAAUCAGCAUCAGAUUAUGACUUCGAUGAUAUCUGUUAUAAAGAUGCGGUGUAUAAGACAAUUGUUUGUACAGACUGUGAAUUCUUUUAGAAAUAUAAAAAAACGACGGAUUAGAAUGGUCUAACAGCGAUGACACUCAUUUUGUAAUGAAUAAAGGGACGAUUUUUUCCACGGACAAUAGUUGACUGUAACAAUCUAAGAAGAGUAGGCGUACAUUAAACGUAUCAAAACAUGAAAUGGAAAUAUAAGAUAUGAGAAUAUUUUUUUUUCUUUCAAGAAUGACACAGUGAGAGCGUACCAAUUUGUGAUUUUAUACAAGAUACUCCGAAAGAAUGUUUAAUCAACUUUAGUUUAGUUCAAGCGUUCUCAUUUUAGCAUUGAUGUUCUAAUAAAUGCUUAAAAGUGAAAUGUACAAAAACUCAAGAGUUAGGAUAUGCGCGUUGUUUUUUACGAAGUUAAACCCAGAAAAGCGUUUUGUGAAGGACUAGUUUCCUAUUACAAAGCUUUUAAAUUCAGUUCGCCAUUUCAUUAGAAUACCAUUUUCCACACAAGAGUUAUUCCUCUUUAACAAGGAAGGUAAAUUUCGUUGGAAGUUUGGUGCAUGAUACACAAGCGCUAGUCUAAUGCAUUUUUAGUACAUAUACUAGUAUACAAUAUAAAACGAUAAAACGAUAACCGAAACAUUUUACUGAUCAUAUAUAGAUGAAGUAGUUUAUGUAUGCAUGAACUCGCUAUUUAUCUAACUAACUUUUCCUAGUGAUGACCGAGAAUAGCUGGAGAUGCUUAUCAAGUUGGAUUUAGUCCUAAUAUCUCUUCAGAACUGUCUAUCAUAGAACUGUUCUAAAAAGUUCUACAUUUCUGUUAAAAUCUGUUCUAGGAUGGAAUUGCCAAAACCUUUUCUAAGAUAGAAAUGCGGAAAUACGAUAGAACUAAUCUGUUGUACAUGUUUACCUGUAAAAAUAUUUUAUAGGCUAGAACUGAAAAGGAUGUAGAACAGUUCUACAUAACAAAGAUUAGAGCAAUGGUCGGGUACAGUAUAUUUUUAACCGCUCUUUUGUGUGAAUUAAGAGGGUAUGAUUGUAAGAACUGUUAGAGUAGAACUGUUUGAAAAUAUUCAAAAUAGUACUCUCAGAAUCUGUUUAGAAUUGAACUGUCAGAAUCUGAUUAGGAUAAGAUUAUUCAGAACUGUUUUAGGUUAGAACCGGGCGAAUAUGUUCUAUGAUACAACUCGACGCUAUUCUGGAGUAGAGCAGAUUCUGUCAGAAACUGUUUUAAAAUUGUGAGCAGUGGUAUUUUAUGAACAGUUCUACCGACAGAUUGUAAGAGAGGUUAGAAACAAUUAGUGCGAGAUACUAACACUUUUCAAAUUAUAUUUUUUUGUAAAAACAUUAUCGAUUUAAUUUAAAUGUUUUCGUUGAAUCUAAUAAAAAAAAUCUAAUAAAAUUGAGAAUGGAAAUGGGGAAUGUGUCAAAGAGACAACAACCCGACCAUAGAGCAGACAACAGCCGAAGGCCACCAAUGGGUCUUCAAUGCAGCGAGAAACUCCCGCACCCGGAGGCGUCCUACAGCUGGCCCCUAAACAAAUAUGUAUAUACUAGUUCAGUGAUAAUGGACGUCAUACUAAACUCCAAAUUAUACACAAGAAACUAAAAUUAAAAAUGAUACAAGACUAACAAAGGCCAGAGGCUCCUGACUUGGGACAGGCGCAAAAAUGCGGCGGGGUUAAACAUGUUUUUUGAGAUCUCAACCCUCCCCCUAUACCUCUAGCCAAUGUAGAAAAAACAAACGUACAACAGUACGCACAGUAAAACUCAGUUUAAGAGAAGUCCGAGUCCGAUGUCAGAAUAGGAAACAAAAGAAAAUAAACAAAAUGACAAUAAUACAUAAAUUACAACAGACUACUAGCAGUUACUGACAUGCCAGCUCCAGACUUCAAUUAAACUGAUUGAAAGAUUAUGUCUUCAUCAUAUGAAUAUCAGGCACAAUCCCUCCUGUUAGGGGUUUUGUAUUAUACCGUCAUAAAAUAUAUGAGAAGAACAUAACCCGUGUCAUGCCAACAACUGGUUUUAGAAUAAAUAUGUUUAAUUCCGAUGCAAAGACCCUAUAAGUGAAUCAAUAUUAAAGCCAAAAUAUGCAAUUUUUAAUGACCUGACAACAGUAUCGUAACUAUAUCCCUUUUUUAAUAAGUCUGUUUAAAGGUUUUGUUAGCUUUGAGGUGAAUACUGACAUUUUUGUGCUUUGUAAAGAAUAUUACCAUAAAAGAUUGGAUGUGAAAUACCCGAACGUAUAAGAUGUCUGCAUGUUGAGUUAUAUUUACGAAUGAUGUCCUUAUACUAAUGUUUUUGUAUUUUUAUUUUUUUUUUCAGAUCAAAAUAAAUUACUGCUCAAAGAAAGUUUUGCAACCCUUGCAUUGAGAUUAAUUGGGGGAGGGUGGGGUUAAAUUUUGAGGACUCAUAUAUUUGUAGAAAAUGCUCAAAAUGAUCUGAAAUUCCUGUUUUAAAGGAUUUUUAAUUGAUUACAGAAGAAAACUUCAGAAUUAUGAGAAAAUUUGGGAGAUAGAAAGUGUCCGUCCCAAUUUACUGGAAUUCUUAUUUCUCUAUAUAGUUUGAGGUGGAAAACAGCUUUAAAAAUAUAUGCUUUUUUGUAAGUUUUGACAAAUUCUUGAAGCAAUGUUGUGUCAUAGAUUAGUACACACAGCUCUCCUUUUGGAAUUACAUAGAAAGUUCUCGUCUCUAUCGCUUUGUGGAGGCUGUUAAAAGUUCCCCAUUGCUUGUUGUAUAUCCUCUCAUACUUUAACAGUUAGGAUCUGAUCUGGUGCAGAAAAAUUGACACCGUUCAUAUUAUUAUGACGUAUUUGUUCUUGAGAUAAUAAUCAAAUGUGAACAAGCUCACAGUUGGAAUUCAUUCAAAUUUUUAUGCAGUCCUUCCUAUUCAUACAUUAUUGCCUGCAAGCUUUUUAUGGCUUGUUCGAAAAUAUUCAUCACUCCUUUCAAGAAAUAUAUUAAAAAAAAGCACAUUCAAUGUAAGAACUUGUAUAGCGUAACUUCGUCUUAACGGAUUAAUAAAAAAUAUUGCAUGCAUUAAAGGAUCAUAUUAUGCGAGAAUUACAGAAAUGUUGCAUGUAUCAUAUUUUAGGAAUUUUAACUCUAUCGUUUGUUUUUGUGGGCUUUUUUUCAGCUUUAAAGACAUUACGUUUACUGAAAUUGUUACUUUUGGUCCUGAUUUUAUUGGCACUUAUUAUGGCGAUGACGGCACUUAUAAUUAUUUUAUAUCACCUAUGUCAAGAUAACCAAGAUAAAACCACUAACGACAAGUCAGAUACAUAUAAUUGUGAAAUCGUUGUGACAAAAGGUAUACAACAGUGUAGUGAAUACCUAAAACAAUCUAAAAUGCUUAUUAUAAAAGGACGAAGAGGAACAGGCAAAUCUAAAAUAGCUCGUUAUGUAGCCUGCAGGAAUGAAGACCACAAAUUGGUCAUAAUUACAAGGAAUGAUAGCAAAGAUACUGCUUCGCGUAUGUAUGCACGUCUUCAGAAAACAAAUGAUAAUACUAUAGUAAUUUUUGACGAAAUGUUUGAUGCAUUUGCUAGCGCUGAAGAUAUAAAUCAAGCUUUGAUGAUUACAGAAAAUUUUCUAAAAUUACCCAGAGUGAAGUCCAUUCUAACUGUUGACGAAAACGAUAUGACGCUUGCUGAUACUUUUCGCAGACGAAAUGAUGAUGUAAAAAUGCAAAUGGUCGAUCUUGAUUAUGAGUUUCCAAUGUCAAAGGACGAAAAGCUUGCAUUAAUUGUUCGACAUCUGAAAAACAAUGUUACCAGACAAACUAAACACGAAAAUUUAUAUAUGAUGGAAAGGGAGAUGCAGGUGUCAGAAAAAGAGGUCGAAAUUAUCAUCAACACAGAAACAUUUAUUGGGUUUCCGUAUAUGUGUGCUAAUUUUUUUGGAAAUACUGACAAUUUUAAACUUGGCUCCAAGUAUUUCCGACAGCCGCACAAGUCGUUACUAGAUGAAAUUGAACAACUUCGUGUAGGUGGUUCUGGUAAAAAAGACGAAUAUUAUCGGGACCAGUAUUGUGUUCUUGUAUAUAUUCUACUGAACAAAGAGGGUGUUAUAAAUGUUAAUGCAGUUAAUAUGGAACUUUACCGGAAUAUAAGAAAACGGGUUAUUAAAUUUAAUUUAAGCGAACUUGUUAAGCAUUUCAAUUUUCAAGAUAAGAUUUCAAAACGAUAUUUUUGUCAAUAUGGAGAAGGGUUGUAUACAAUUCGACCCAGCGUAUACCAAGCUGUGCUAUUAUCAUAUACAAAGAUCAGCGUUGAAGAUGUUCUUGAGAAUUGUAAACUUGAACACUUGCUUGACAUUAUAAAACCUCCAACUUUUAAACUGCUCCCAAAUGAGGUCGGACUUGAGUGUAGUCAUGGUAUGGCGAAAACGUUUGACAGAACGCUAGGGUUAAGACUUUCAAAAGCAGUAUUGUUAGGUAAAAAUGAAUCCGACAUGAUAUGUCAUUACUUAAUGAAAUAUCCAUAUAACCCUUUAUCAAAUGUUUGUCUUGACAAUCUAAAACAAGAAUGUAACGAUUUCCUUACGAGUGAACGAGUUGACCUCUUGUUAAAGCUGUUUCACUCUAUCAAUACUAAAAGGACACCUUCUUACAUUUUGGCCACAAAGCCAACAUCAUUUGUUGCUUCAUGGUCAUUGUUAACAUUUCAAAAAUAUGAAGAAGUGAAAUCCUUAAAAGAUUUCACUGAACUGUGUGUUCCAAAAGAUAAACCAGAAUACUUACGGGAUAUGUUAUGCUCUAUUGUUGAUGAGUUUGGAAACAAUGUGUUAACAUACUGUGUUCUUUGGUGGAAUGAAGAAUCUUGUCCUUUGAUAUCUUUUUUAUCAGAAAGGUUUGCAAGGGAUGUGAAGUAUUGGAGGUCUAACAGAGGAUUGUUCACAGAAAAUGAAGAUAAGACGUCAGCGUUACAUUUUGCUGUUUAUUUUGGAAGACUAAAGGCUAUCCAGACAUUUAUGGAGUUAAAACUACUAACUGUUAAAGAAGUUCUCUUUCUUCAGAAAGCUGAAAACAAAAGUUUUUUAAAUAAACUUGACAUACUUAUUGAAUUAGGAAACGAAGGCGAAUCCCGUCAUUAUUCACAAAGCAUUAGGUAUAAUCUUGAUAUAUGCGGCAAAGUUGAUUAUGGAUCAAAAUCAGAUUAUACAGAAAUACAACGACAAUUGAAAGGGAUAAAAGCAACCGUGAAAUCUGAACUGGAUUCAUAAAUUCACAAAACGGAUUAAUAUAAGACCCAGAGAAAAACCAUGUCUGACAAAAUAUAUGUUAUUGUUGAUUUAUGUACAUUUUUGCAUUUUACUUACAAGUAACAUGAUAAUAUCUAAUGUCUGCACAAAGCUUAGUAAUUAAUAAGCAAAACUCUCACAUGUCAAACAUGCAUGUCAGUUUCAACAGUGUUAUUAUUUAUUUAUAUAUCGAACAGUCUAAUAUGGAAUAAAAUGAAAUUAAGUAGAUGCA